AUGCCGUGUUCUCGGUUGAGUCAGACUCAGUUGUUAAGCAAGAAACUGAAGAAACGUGCGAGGGUGCGAGGUGGAAUUUUUCUCGAGACAAUCAUGACGUACGACGACGGUCUGCGAGCUUGUCGAAGGCAGCAAGGUGCAUUGCCCUCUGUGCCUCAACAGGCGAACAUGAGGGAUGACAGCGAGGUCGACGGGUACUGCCUAUUCGUAAUUGUGUUACGCCGAAAUAUGAGUAAUGUACAUGAAUGGAAACGAGGAAAGCGAAAAGGACUGGGCUUCAGCAUCGUUGGAGGUAGCGAUUCCCCGAAAGGCAGCAUGGGUAUAUUUAUUAAAACAAUAUACCCUGGUGGCUUGGCGGAAGAAAGUGGCAUGCUCAGAAAAGGAGAUGAACUGUUAGAGGUGAAUAAGAUAUGCUUAAGAGGGGUUCAACACAGCGAAGCGAUGAAAAUUUUCAAACGGUUCAAAAAUCACGAUAUGACGCUGACAGUAAAACGCAGAUUCAUGGUGGACCAUCAGAAAAAGUAG